CUCCGCGGUCAAAUGACGAAGAACUCUGGAGGAGACUUGGCAAUGCUUUUUUUCGUGAUUUCGUUCAGAAGAGGCAACGCAUCACGGCGCGGAAGCAUGGAGUAUCUUUCAACGGUCGAACAGCGCCAGAUUCACGAAAUCCUCGGUGAUUUCUUCCGAUACCGUCUGAGUUUGCGCGGUACCGAGUGGACAUCGCCUGUCGAACCCGAAGUUUCACCAGAUAACGCUGAAAUCUGCGCAACGCUACGGGCUCUGUCGGAUCACUUCCACGCGGGCUGUCAAGAAGCCCUCGCAGAGUUGGCGGAACGAUGUCUACUCGUCGACAACCUCACGCUGAGAACAGUAGAAGACGGAUUCCAUACUUCAAUGAAUGAACUUAUGAGUGAGCGUGGCGUCAGCUGGGAACGGAUCGUUGUAGCCUUCACGUAUGCCGUCGAGACUGCCGCGAGGUUGCCCACCCAAGAUCCCAUCAACACCGUCUACAAUUGGACGACAGCUUUCACCGCACGAACUUUAAUGCCAUGGAUCCGCGAAAACCACGGAUGGGCCAGUGUGUUGGGUGACGUGUCGAGCGAAGCACCGAAGUCGAAUUUCUAUCGAAAUAUCUUUGGAGUCGCCGGCAUCGCGCUCGGAGCCAUCGUUGUAGGUGCCAUCCUGACGAACAAAUCAUGA